GGGCACCGCACCGGGCCCGGUACCGGGGGCUGGGUCCCGGGGCCCCGGUCCCGGAACCCGAUCCCGGAUCCCGAUCCCGGGACCUGAUCCCCAUCCCGGGUCCCGACUCUCGGGUCGCGGUGCCGGUCCCGGAUCCCGAUCCCGGGUCUCGAUCCCGAUCCCGGUCCCGAGUCUCGGGUCGCGGUCCCGGUCCCGAUCCCGGGUCGCAGUCCCGGAUCCGGAUCCCGGUACUGAUCCAGGGUCCCGAUCCCGAUCCCGGGUCCCGCUCCGGGGUCCCGAUCCCGAUCCCUGUGCCGGGUCCCGAUCCCGAUCCCGGGUCGCGGUCCCGGAUCCGGAUCCCGGGUCCCGAUCCCGAUCCUGGUGCCGGGUCUCGAUCCCGAUCCCGGGUCGCGGUCCCGGAUCCCGAUCCCGGGUCCCCGCCCGGGGUCCUGAUCCCGAUCCCGAUCCCGGUGCCGGGUCCCGAUCCCGGUCCCGUUCCCGGUGCCGCCAUGCGGGGGGGGCCGCCGGCUGCUGCCGGUGCUGCUGCUGCUGUGGGAGGCGGCGGUCCCGGUGGGCGGCAGCGGCGGGGGGGGUCCCGGCGGCGGCGGCGGCGGGGGGGUCCCGCGGCCCCGGGGAGCCGUGCGGGGUUUACACCCCCGGCUGCGCCCGCGGGCUCCGCUGCACCCCCCGGCCCGGGGAACGCGCCCCGCUCCGCGCCCUCCUGCGGGGCACCGCGACCUGCCGCCCCCUCCGCGCCCCCCCCGCCGCCACCGCCGCCCCCCCAGCCCCCCUGCCGCGGGCACUUGGCCGCCGCCCUGCAGGAGCUGCGGGGGGGGCUCUACCGCUCCGCCGCCGCCAUCUUCCUCCCCAACUGCGACCCCCGCGGCUUCUACCGGCCCAAGCAGUGCCGGGCCUCCCGCGGGCCGAAGCGUGGGCGCUGCUGGUGCGUGGACCCGAGGGGGCACCCGCUGGCGGCCGCCGAGGGGCCGGGGGGGGUCCCCCGCUGCCCCCCCCCGUGACGGGCCGGGCCCCCCCGCACGGCGGGACGCGGGGUCACACCCACCUAAGCACCGCCCCGCCUCCAAGCCCCGCCCACCAAACAUCAAACCACGCCUCUCCCGCUCCAAGCCACGCCUCUGGCCUCGCCCCCGUUUCCCGCGCUGACCCUUGGCGGGAGGCGGGAGGCCACGCCCCGCGCGGGACCGGCGCGAGCGGAGCGCGGCGGUGGGGCUGACGGCUGCCCCCCAGGCCAUGGCGGGGGGCGAGCGGGAGACGCUGCUGGCGCUGCAGCGGGCGCUGUCGGAGGAGCAGUUCCAGAGCCUCAAGUACCUGCUGGAGGAGCGGCUGCCGCGGGGGGAGCUGGGCCCCGCCACCCGCCCCGACCUCUGCCGCCUCCUGCUCCAGCGCUUCCCCGGCCGGGCCCUCCACGUCCUCGCCGACCUGCUCCGCCAAAUCCACCGCCACGACCUCCUCCGCCUCUACCACCUGCCCGGUGCUGAGGAAGAGGAGGAGGAAGAGACCCCCGGGGAGACGGGGGCUGCCGGCGGCUCCUCGGCACCCCCGGGACAUGGCAGGGGGGACGCGGGACGUGGGUCCGUCCCGCCGCCGGCCGCCCCUGCCCCUCGACGGCUGACGGAGAAAGAUUUGCUCCGCGUGGCCCAAAAACUGGGGAAGGAAUGGCAGGAGGUGGGGAUCGGGUGCCUGGGGCUGGAGAGGAGCCGCCUGGAUCAGAUCCGGGCGGACAACGCCGGCAACGCCGUCAUGCAGAGCUUCGAGAUGCUGCUGGAAUGGCAGCGGCGGGAGAAGGAAGGGGCCACGGCCCCCCGGCUCCGCGCCUGCCUGGCCCCCGCCAGCCUGGCCCCCGAGCUGCUCGACCUCCUCCGCAGCCUGCAGGGGGAAUGAGGGGGUCCCACCCCCCCACAGAGCCUGCCCACCCCCCUCCCAACCUUGUUUUUGGGGGGGAAAAGGGGAAGAGUAAAAGCGGUUUUAUUCCA